CAUGACGGCAGUGGGCUGCAGACGGCACUGUGCCUACGUCACAGAUAUUGCUCAGCACAAGAGUGGCUGCAUGCCCUACUAAUUUAUGGCUGCGCGUUUUAACGCACGGAUUAAGGACUGAAUACGGAUUGAUGGAAAAUAAAGAAGACCAUGAAAAACAUAGAUAAUACAGAGAGUGGGAAUGAUGACAACUGUGAUGAGAGUGAGGAGGUUCCAAUGAGACGGAGCUUCUCGGUCGAGGAUCUUUUGGAUGAGGUGGAGAAGAUCUGCUAUGAUGCCCCAGGAACCUCAAAGCUUUCCUCAGGUGGAGAUGGUGGUGAGGCUGUGGAAGGACGGCUUCACCAUCAACGACCAGGAGUUCCGGAGCUACGCCACGCCCGAGAACCAGGACUUCCUGGACACCAUAAAACGAGGGGAGCUCCCGCUGGAGUGGGAGAGCCGAGCAGAGGAGGAGGAGCUGGAAAUCAACGUGGAGGACCUGACGGAGGAGCUCUACGUCCCUAGGAAGAAGGCCUUCCACGCCUUCAGCGGUCACGGCUACCGGCUGGGCAGUGUGGCGCCCCGAGUCGUGGCCCGAUCGCCAUCUGUGCACGAGGAAGGAGAGUCCCCUCCUAUCCCCAUGGUAACACUGGACCAUGCCCUGCCCGUCACCUCGCUGCAGAUCUGGCUGGCCGACGGGAGGAGACUGGUGCAGCGCUUCAACCUAUCGCAUCGCGUCAGCGACGUCCAUGACUUUGUGUCCCGCUGCCAGAGGACCUGCCCCCCCUUCGUCCUGACCACCUCGCUGCCCUCCAGGGUGCUCUGCGAGGGGGGGCUGAGCCUGGAGGAGGCCGACCUGGCCCACGCCGUCAUAGUCCAGAGACCCCUGGACACAGAGGCCCCCUUCGGUCAGUCGUCCUGACCCCGCAAUGGACCUGUCCGCGACGACACGCAUACACACCCGCACGUAAGCGCCACACACAUGCAUAUUAACGCAAGCAGACACACACACACACACACACACACACACACACACACACACACACACACACACAUAUAAUAACACACACACCCACAAACACAUUAACACAAGCAUACACACACACAUACACACAAACACACACACACAGACACACACAAAAACACACACAGGCACCCACACCCACCCACAUUAACUCACGCACACACCCGGACACACACCCUUAACGCGACUGGCCUCUCAUGAUCUUAGCCUACCCACGCCUUUCCUGUACCGCUGUUCCACGGUUCAACACACCAAGCUAGUGAAAGUUUACCUUCUGCUUCCAAGUCAGAGCAGUGAGCCAAUAAUGACAGGGUGACGUUCUGUUUGGGGGUCCGGGCUGUUUGAAAAACAUUUAAUCUGUUCUGUUAUGAACCUCUGCACCUUUAUGUAUACCGCUUAUCUACUGUAUUACUGCCGGUCGUUGCGAUCGGGAGUCACAGAAAGCUUUUCCUGGUGUGUUCACCCAAGUCUGGGCGAAUUGCCAGACACGUUUUCAGGUGGAUUAUCAUGAACGUUUGAAAUGUUGCUGUGUAUGAUGUUUGACAUGCCAUGUCUCAUGACCUGGUUUAACCUGACUAUGGUGUUCUCGUUACAUUUUUGUUCGCUGUGCAUCGUUCUGUUUGUGAAAACCUAAUUUGGAGGAAGAUGUUACAAAAUAUAGAUAAGUUAUUAACAUAGAGCGGAAAUCUAUAAAAGACCACGCAAUAUGUAUGCAUUUUUUGGCUCAUCUGAUUGUCUGGAUUUGAUUGGGUCAAGGAAUGGGCCUUGCUGAUACAAGAGUUUAACAGUAGGAUAACAGUGAUAUUGCAAUAAAAGCUUGAGACUUUU